AUGGCUGGUGGGGGCCCCAGGAACCCUCCUAGGGGCGGCAGAGCCCCUGCAACCCUCCCAGAAGCGGCGAGAAUACUAACGACCCUCCUAGGGGCGGUGGAGGCCCGCGAUACUUUCCCAGGUGUGACAGCGCCUCUAGGGACCAUCCCAGGAGGACUGAUGCUCUCAGUGAACCUCCAAGGUUCGGCAGGGAACCUCCUAGGAGUAGCCGGGGCCCUUGGGGCCCACCCAACGGUAGCGGAGGCCCCAGGGCCCCAAACAGAGGCAGCGGGGACCUGUGUCCCAACCAGAGGGCUGACGCUCUCAGUGAGCCUCCAAGGUGCGGCAGGGAACCUCCUAGGAGUAGCCGGGGCCCUUGGGACCCACCCAGGGGCAGCGGAGGCCCCAGGAACCCACCCAGAGGCAUCGGGGGACCGAGGUCCCACCCAGGUAAGGUGUGCCCUCUGGGACUCUCCCAGAGGGCUGACGCUCUCAGUGAACCUCCAAGGUGCGGCAGGGAACCUCCUAGGAGUAGCCGGGGCCCUUGGGACCCACCCAGGGGCAGCGGAGGCCCCAGGAACCCACCCAGAGGCAUCGGGGGAUCGAGGUCCCACCCAGAAGCGCAUCCAGGGGCCUUCCUUAGGCAACAGCGUCCACAGUGGCAUUCCCAGGGGAGGUGGCGGCCCCAAGGGCCUUCAGACAGGAGGCGGUGUCCCUCUCAGGGACGGCGGUGGCCAUGCCAGGGGCAGUGGAGGCCCCCCAUGGCCCUCUCAUGUGCAUUGGCGCCCCCUCAGAGCCUCUGCCAGGUGUGGUGGUGCCCCCAGGGUCCCUCCCAGGGGCCCUGCCAAGAGCAAUGGCACCACCAGGGACAGAGGCGCUGCCAGGGCCUUGCCUGGAGCGCUUUCACCCCCAGGGGCCCUCCCAGGGGUGGUCGCUACCACAGGGGGCCCUGCCAGGGGUGGUCUCGACCCCAGGGGCAGUGGCGCCCCCAAGGCCUCUCCCAGGGGCCCUACCAAGGGCGGUGGCAAUCCCACGGGCCUUGCCAGAGGCAGUGGCGGCCCCAGGGGCCCUGCCAGGGACGGUGGCGGCUCUAGGGGCCAUUUCAGGGACAGAGGCGCCCCUGGGUGCCCUGACAGGGUCCGCAGCGCUCCCAGGGACCAUGGUACCCCAGGAGCCCUCUCAUGGGCAGUGGCGCCACCAAGGGACCUGCUAAAGAUGGUUGGGGCCCCGGGGGACCCGUCAGCAGCAGUGGCGCCCCACAGGACCCUCAAAAGGACAGCGGCACUCCCAUGGUGCAGCAGCAGUCAAAGGGGCCCUCCCAGUGACCGUGGAGCUUCCAGGGGCCCUCUCAGUGACCGUGGAGCUUCCCAAGGGCCUCUACCAGGUGCGGUGGACCUGACAGGUACCGUGGCUCCCCCAGGGACUCUGCCAGCCCCAGGAACGGUGGCGCCCCUAGAGGCCUUCCCAGGGACAGCAGCAGACCCAGGGGCGGCGGCGGACCCUCCCAGGGAUCGCGGCUCUCCCAAGGACCAUGGCGCCAUCAGGGGCCCUCUUAGGGGUGGUGGCACUUCCAAGGGCCCUCCUAGGGGCAGUGAUGCCCCCAGGAGCCCUGCCAGAGACGGUGGCGCCCUCAGGGUCAGCAGUGCCCCCAGUGGCAGUGGCGCCUCCAUGAGCCCUGCCUUGAGCAGUGGCGACCCUGAAUCCCUCCCAGGGACGGUGGUGCCCCAAUGGGCCCUCCCAGACACAGCAAGCACCUCCUGGGGACUGUGGCGUCCUCCCAGGAACCUCUGCACCUCAUUGAUCCACUCAUGGGCGGUGGCGCCACCAGGGGCCUAG